AAAGCUAUUGCAGAAAAAAAGAGCAGACAAUUUUUAAGAAAGUCAUCACGAUGGCGUCCACCGCAAAUGUUUCCACAUAUUUAUCAACUCAAAAGAAAACCACAAAUAAAGAAUUAGCUUCCGAAUGGACUACAAUUGAGGAUCUUUACAAUGAAAAGCUUUGGAAUGAAUUAACAAUAAAAUUGAUUAAAUUCAUUCGUCAUGAAUCUCUCCAGGAUGAGGAUUCCCUACUCCAGCUGUACCAAAACUUUAUAUCAUCGUUUGAAAUGAAGAUCAAUCCAUAUGGCUUAGUUGAGAUUCUUGAAGUUGUUGUGGAACAUAUUGCGGAUAAAAAAGAAGCCGUUGCAUUCUUAGAGAAACUCAAAGACAAAGUUAAGAUCUGUGAUGAAGCAAUUUGGUAUACCCAGGUACUUCAAGGCAAUAUCUAUCUCACAAACUUGAAUGACCUUGAAGCAACGAAAAAGAUCAUCGAGGAAUUGAGAGAAGUUCUUGAAGAAGCCGGCAAUGUCACUCCAGUUCACGGAAAGUACUACCUGCUCGCUUCGCAAUAUUACCGACGUGUUGGCCAGCACAGCGACUACUAUCGUUGUGGUCUGCAGUUCUUGGGAUGCUCUCUUGAGGAUUAUCCCAAGGAGGAAUGGUCACAACAGGCCUUUUUCCUUGGCCUUGCCGCUCUCUUAGGUGAUGGUGUCUACAAUAUUGGCGAGUUGCUUGCACAUCCCAUCUUGGAAUCCCUUAAAGGAACCGAAAACGAAUGGGUUGUUGAAUUGCUUAAAGCAUUCAACUUCGGUGACAUUGAAAAAUUCAAUUCAAUGAAACCAGUUUGGAGUAAAAUUCCAGAUUUGGCUGCCAAGGAGAUCAAACUUCGUCAAAAAAUCUCCUUGUUAUGUCUCAUGGAAAUGACAUUCAAGCGUUCGGCCAUUCAGAGGGCCAUCACAUUUGAAGAUAUCGCCAAGGAAACCCAAUUACCAAUCAAAGAAGUUGAACUUCUGGUAAUGAAGGCUUUGGCACAGGGUCUGGUGCGUGGAGAAAUCGAUGAAGUUGCUGGAUUAGUUAAUAUGUCAUGGGUACAACCACGAGUUCUGGACCGAAAACAAAUCGCUAACAUGGCAACAACAUUAGACGUUUGGAUGCAAUCGAUUACAUCAAUGGAAAAACUUAUGGAACUCCGAGCUGCAGAUAUUCUUACAAAUUAACCAACUCAUUAAUUUUCCAUUCAUCCCUAUUUUUAAAAAGAAUAAAAUUAUUGUAAACCAAUUUGCAUUCUAAAAAAAAAAAACAAAGCAGAAAAUAAACAAUUUAAUUAAAAAAAAAACACAAA